ACCAAGAUAGAUUAAUAAUUGUUUUAUCUUUAGUAUUAUAGCUGGUCUCCCAGCGGCUGCCACAACCUCCAGCAGUGGCUACAGCGGAAACUCUAACACCAGGAACAGAGAGCUCAUCAUGAUGUCAGACAGGUUUGUGUGGUUCGAAGGGAUACCUUUCCCUACCGUGGGUUACAAACCUGAACUCAUGAGCGAAGCGCGGGACAGUUUUGUGUUUAAGGAUGAAGAUGUCUUAAUACUGACUUUCCCAAAAUCAGGAACAAACUGGUUGAUUGAAAUUGUCUGCCUGAUUUACUCCAAGGGGGAUCCCAAGUGGAUCCAAUCUGUGCCCAUUUGGGACCGCUCACCCUGGGUAGAAGCUGAGCAUGGGUAUAAUUCACUAAAGGAUAAGGAAGGCCCCCGCCUCAUCACCUCCCACCUCCCCAUCCAGCUCAUCCCCAAGUCUCUCUUCAAUUCCAAGGCCAAGGUGCUCUAUCUCAUCAGAAAUCCCAGAGAUAGUCUUGUGUCUGGUUACUUUUUCUAUAGUAAUUCAAAUUUUACUAAAAAACCGGAAUCACUGGAACAAUAUUUUGAAUGGUUCACCCAAGGAAAUGUGCCAUAUGGAUCCUGGUUCGACCACACUCGUGGCUGGAUGUCCAUGAGAGGGAAGGAGAACUUCCUGAUACUGAGUUAUGAAGAGCUGAAACGGGACACAAGAAACACUGUAGAGAAAAUCUGCCAAUUCCUGGGCAAGAAAUUAGAACCCGAAGAACUUAACUCACUCCUCAAGAAUAGCUCCUUCCAUGCCAUGAAAGAAAACAAGAUGUCUAACUUUACCCUCCUCCAUGAUUAUUCUUUAGUUGAGAAGAAUGCAUCACUUAUGAGAAAAGGCAUUACUGGAGACUGGAAAAACCACUUCACAGUGGCCCAGGCUGAAGCCUUUGAUAAGAUAUUCCAGGAGAAGAUGGCAGAUCUUCCUCGAGAACUGUUCCCAUGGGAAUAAUGUUCAAAACCUUCUGGAUCUUAUAUGAAUCUUGAUAUUUGUUUUCCUGUCCUUGUACCUGUGCAUGACUGGAGGUAAUUGUGUAAAACCUGUAUUUCACCCAGGAGCCUCGAAUUAUCCAAUCUUUGUAUCUUUGAGGACUUGAUUGUGAAAAAUUACCAUGGGACCCCUAAUUCACUUUGGUGCACUGCAGCGUUUUGAAAAUGUUUGUAAUGUUUCACACAUAAUGAUACAGAAAUAAUAUAAUUUUUACCCGAAAUUGUCAGAAUUUUUUAA